AUGUGUGGUUUUUAUGAAAUAAAUAAAGACAAUGUUGAUCCAUCAUACAUUUGCCAAGUAUGUUGUCUCAUUUUAAGAGAAGCUUGUCAACUUUUAUGUGGUCAUCGUCUAUGUAAAACAUGUCGAGAAAAUAUUAAAGGGAAUAUUAUCAAAUGUAAACAAUGUGAUGAAGAAUCACCAAAACACAAAAUAAAGCUUGAUCAAGAUUUCAUAGAUUGUAUGAAAUCGUUAUCAAUUCCAUGUUUAUUAUGUCAAUGGAAGGAUUUAUAUACACAUUACGAGGUCUGUCGAAGUGAACUACAAGAGCACUAUUUGAGUGAUAUUCAUCAACAAGUAAUAACUAGUAGUAUUACACGUUACUUAGAAUCGAGAGGAAUAAAUGAACAAUAUGAACGAGUAUCAAGAAUGGAUGUUGAUAUAGAACAAGGUGCUUCUAGUUCAAUAAUUACGACAACAAAUCAAAAUAGCAGUAUCCAAAUUCAAAAAAAUUGUGAAACAAUAAAUAAUCUUGCUAGUAGAAUUCAAACACUAAAUGAUGAUACACAACGUAUAAGGAGUGAAUCAAUUCUAUUACAAAGUUCAAUUGAAUCUUUAACAAAAGAAUUUUCAUUGAUCAAAUUAAGUAUUCAAGAACGACGUUGUUUUUUAGAUGAAAUUAAACCAAAACAAUAUAUUCUUCAACAAGGUGUUACAUCACUGAAACAAAAAAUUGAUGAUAUGCAAUAUGUAUCUUACGAUGGAACAUUAAUAUGGAAAAUAACCAGUUUUCACGACAAAAUGAUCGAUGCUCAAUCUGAACGACAAACUUCGAUUCAUUCACCUCCAUUUUAUUCAUCACCAACUGGCUAUAAAAUGCGAGCCCGACUUUAUCUCAAUGGCGAUGGUAAUGCUCGACGUACACAUAUGUCAUUAUUUUUUGUUCUUAUGCGUGGCCCAAAUGAUACAAUAUUAAAAUUUCCCUUCAAUCAUAAAGUUACAUUUUGUCUAUAUGAUCAAACUCAUCAAGAACAACACAUUAUCGAUUCUUUUCGGCCUGAUAUUAAGUCGAAUAGUUUUCAAAGACCACGAUCAGAAAUGAACAUUGCUAGUGGUAUACCCAAAUUCUUUCCAUUGACGAUGAUUCAACAAGAAGGUAAUCCAUAUCUACGAGAGGAUACGAUGUUUAUUAAAGUAAUAGUUGAUUUUGGUGAUAUGCCAAAAACAUUGCUACCACAUGCAUUGAGCCUUAAUCCUGGUUUGCCAAUGCACAUAAAACAAUUAAUGAUUAAACAAGAAGCUGAACGAAGAUCACAACAGUAA